AUGAGUACCAACCAGCAGGCCACACCCUUUAUGUUUAAAAUCCUUGUUGUGGGCAAGGCUUACGCUGGCAAAACGUGCUGCAUAAAGCGACUCGUCCAUAACACCUUCACCAACUCAUACAAAUCGACGCUGGGCGUUGACUUUGCAAUUACCCACUUUGUCAUCCCUCAGGAGGAAAUCCAGAUAUACCUCACAGGAGCUCCUCCAGAUGUUUACUACACAGCGCCAACCGUUAGCGACACGUCCACGAUGCAAAUUAACCUGAGCUCCUAUCGACCCCCUUGCUAUGAAGGUGGAAGCAAGAUGUCCCUGCCAAAGACACACCCCAUAUACGCCCUGCCGUCUGUCAGCAUACGAGCCCAACUCUGGGACAUCGCGGGUCAAGAACGCUACACAAGCCUGACUAGAGCAUACUAUCGUAACGCAGUUGCCGCGGUGGUCGUUGGGGACCUCGAAAGCCCAACUUUCUACGAGGACGUUCUCGGAUGGAAGAAGGACAUAGACGAAAAGGUCAAGCUAAUGGAUACAGAUGUCCCCAUACCAUGUAUUCUUUGCUGUAAUAAGAUAGAUUCAGAGGCAGCCAACGCGUGGUACGCAAAGAACGGUGAGGCAGUCGCAAAAUUUGCUCGUGAAAACCGAUUUGCGGGAAUGUACACGACAAGUGCGCUGACCGGCGCAAAUCUGCAAUGCGCCUUCCAGCAUCUUUGUGUGGCAACUCUUGCGGAGCUGCUGGUGAUACAGCAAGCUCAAACCCCAUCUAUGAAUCCGGUUGUAGUAUCUAUGGAGCAAUCCAAGGAGAGGUCCGCAAAUAAGGCUUGUUGUUGA